AUGGACAUUGAAGAAAAGGGAGGUCUGGACUCACAGGGGAUGGAGGAUUUUGAGAUUGUUCGAAGCGAUAAUGCUGCCGCUCGCCUCGGUGGUCCAUCGCAUAACGAAGAAGACUUGUCAUCGAGCGAAAAACCGCGGACAGAGCAGUCCGAAGCGACAAGCCUGGGAAGCGACACUCCGAUAUCGUAUCUCUACCUCACCUUUGACACCGCAUUACCGUCGCCCCCAAUACCGGAACAGCCCAGUGUCGAUGGUCGAGAGCCGCCCCCAUGCCCAGACUUGGCGGCUUAUACGUCUCCGUUGUCGUGGGGUGCUUAUCACAAGAGUAUCUUGCUCAUACUCUCAUGCUUGGCGACGUUUUUGACGGCAUACACUGCAGGUGCUUACGCGCCGCCUGCAAAUAUUAUGGCCAGUGACUUUGAGACAUCUCGGCUUGUUGUGGUCGUCGGGAUUACAUUGUUCUGCAUGGGAUUUGCGUUUGCGCCAAUGGCUCUGGCGCCAAUGUCCGAGAUUUGGGGGCGGUACCCCAUCUUCAUUAUCGCCGGCACCGUCUUUGUCAUCUUUCAAGCCGUCUGCUCUGUCAUGCCGGAUGUUGCCGGCAUGCUGGUAUCUCGUUUCUUUGUUGGCGUCGGAGGAUCGGUCUUCUCUGCGGUCGUCGGAGGCGUGUUGGCCGAUUUAUGGGAAAAGGAAGAAAGAAACACGCCAAUGGCACUGUUUAGCGGUGCUGUCUUGGCUGGCACCGGAGCUGGUCCACUGGUUUCUGCUGCGUUGAUUGAAACGGUGGGAAGCAAUAAUCGUGCUUGGAAGUGGUCAUUUUGGGUUCAGGUUAUACUCGACGUUGUUCUCCUCCUUGCCCUCGUCCUCUUCUUCAAAGAAAGCCGGGCUUCUGUCCUGCUAUCCAAGAAAGCGAAGAAGCUUAAUAAGUGGUACGAAGAGAUGGAAACAUAUGGUAUAUAUGGUGUAUGGAUAAACGACGAGUUGGCUAUAUUGGCUUCCGCUGCCUCAAGUCAAAUAACUGUCACGGCGAAUCUGAACGAGCGAAAUAUCUCUACGACUCCUCGUUUACGAAGAAUCCGAUGGAUAGUCAAAGAAGAUGAACAACGCGCAUCCUUGGGACAAAUCGUUUUAACAUCUGUCAGGAGACCAUUUCAUCUUCUCUUCACGGAACCAGUGGUAUUCUGUUUCUCUCUCUGGGCUGCCUUUUCGUGGGGUGUCUUAUACCUCUCCUUUUCAGUCGUCCCCUUUCUCUAUGGCGAGGACUUCAGCAUGUCGAGCAGGGUGUACGUGGCAAUGAUGAUUGCAUCGGCUGCUGCAACAAUUGUUGGCGUCUACCAGGAACAUCUCUUAAAACACCCCCAAUGGAAGAAGCAAGAAGAAGGCUUCCAGUACUCCGAUUCAAAGUUCUGGGCCUUUAUGCGAAGACGAUUUCCGGCUGAGGCACCAGAGGCAAGACUCUACUUCACUUGCAUCACUGCCAUGCUAUUACCCGCUGGGCUCUUCAUUGCUUUCCUAGGAUCUAAUGGAAAGGGGGGAUAUACAAAGGCAGUCGGCCUGGGACUGGCAACAUGGGGAAUCUACUCCGUCUAUCUCGCCACCUUCAACUACCUAGCGGAUACGUAUCAUAUUUACGCAAGUUCCGCUCUUGCGGCACAGAGCUUCUGCCGAAAUGUUCUCGGUGGCUCCUUUCCUUUAAUUACAAGCGUCAUGUUUACCAAUCUUGGUUUGAGAGGUGCUGGCGGUAUGCUCGGUGGGAUUGCUACAGGAUUGACAGUCAUUCCUUGGGUACUUCUCAUUUAUGGAGAGAGGAUUCGCGCCAGGAGCAAAUUUGCCAAAACCCUGAUAAAAGGGUAA